GGAAACCAGCGGGCAAGUCACUCUCUUCUUCCCCUCUUUGUCGUCACAAUGGCCCCGAAGCGUCGUUCCCGUAAGACAACCAAGGACGUGUACGCCAGCGUCCCCGCCGAGGAGCGUGCCAAGCUUGGCGCUGAGGCCAAGGAGCGCGGUAACGCCGCCUUUGCCGCUGGCGAUCACGCUACGGCCAUCAAGGAGUUCACGACGGCCAUCGCGUACGAGCCCACGAACGUUAUCUAUUUCUCGAACCGUUCGGCCGCCUACUUGUCGGCUGGCCAGGCCACUCCGGCCAUGCAGGACGCCAAGUCAUGCAUUGACUUGGACGCUAAGUUCGCCAAGGGCUACGCUCGUCUGGGUGCCGCCCACUUUUACAUCAAGAACUACGCUAAGGCCAUCACCGCCUACACCCAGGGUCUGACCGUGGAGAAGGGCAACAAGGCUCUGCAGGCCGGCCUGACCCAGGCCCAGGCUGCCCAGCAGGUGCAGGACGAGGAGAUCAGUGGCGUGGAGAUGGACGAGGCCACGCGCAAGAUGAAGCGCAUGGAGAUCGAGGAGAAGAUCAACAAGGCCCGCAAGGAGCGUGAGGAGCGCGCCAAGCGUGCCGAGAAGGGUUUCUCGGAGGUGAUUGGUAUCGAUCUGGGUACGACGUACUCGUGCGUGGGUGUGUGGAAGGACGGCCAGGUGGAGAUCAUUGCCAACAGCGAAGGUAACCGUACGACCCCGUCGUGGGUGGCCUUCAACGAGAGCGAGCGUCUCAUCGGAGAGGCGGCCAAGAUCCAGGCCGCUGGUAACGCCACGAACACGGUGUUCGACGCCAAGCGUAUCAUUGGACGCAGCUUCAGCGACGAGGUGGUGAAGAAGGACGCGAAGCACUUCCCGUUCACGAUCAAGGAGGGCGAUGAGGACAAGGUGCUGAUCGAGGUGGAGUUCAAGGGCGAGAAGAAGAGCUUCACGCCCGAGGAGAUCUCGUCCAUGGUGCUGCUGCGCAUGAAGGAGACGGCCGAGGCGUUCCUGGGCCAGAGCAUCUCGCAGGCCGUGGUGACUGUGCCCGCGUACUUCAACGACCAGCAGCGUCAGUCCACCAAGGACGCCGGUUCCAUCGCCGGCCUGGACGUCAAGCGUAUCAUCAACGAGCCCACGGCCGCUGCACUGGCGUACGGUCUGGACACGAACGCCGGCACGGACGGCAAGGCGUGCAACGUGCUGAUCUUCGACCUGGGUGGCGGUACCUUCGAUGUGUCGAUCCUGUCCAUUGAGAACGGCAUCUUCGAGGUCAAGUCGACGGGCGGUGACACGCACUUGGGUGGUGAGGACUUUGACAACAACAUGGUGGAGCACCUGCUGUCGGAGUUCAAGCGUAAGAACCGCAACCUGGACCCGUCGAGCUCGGCCCGUGCGAUGCGUCGUCUGCGUACGGCGUGUGAGUCGGCUAAGCGUAUGCUGUCCACUACGACGUCGGCCUCGGUAGAGGUGGACUCGCUGUUCGAGGGCGUCGACUUCUCGUCCACUGUGACGCGUGCCAAGUUCGAGUCGCUGAACGAGGAGCUGUUCAAGCGUUGCGAGGAGACUGUGCUGAAGGUGCUGGAGGACGCCAAGAUGAAGCCCGAGGACGUGACGGAGCUGGUGCUGGUCGGCGGUUCCACGCGUAUCCCCAAGGUGCAGACCAUGCUGUCCACUCUGUUCGGCGGCAAGGAGCUGUCGAAGUCCAUCAACCCGGACGAGGCUGUGGCGUACGGUGCCGCUGUCCAGGGCGCCAUCCUGGACGGCAUCCGCAACGACGCGACCAACUCGCUGCUGCUUGUGGAUGUAACGCCGCUGUCCCUCGGUAUUGAGACCGUGGGCAAGGUCAUGUCGGUGCUGAUCAAGCGCAACACGGCCAUCCCCGUGCGCAAGACCCGCGUGUACACUACCGAGGAGGACUACCAGACGUCUGUGGACGUGUGCAUCUACGAGGGCGAGCGCGCGUGCGUCGAGUCGAACAACAAGCUCGGCGAGUUCAACAUCUCCGGUCUGGAGCGUGCCAAGCGUGGCGAGCCGCAGGUCGAGGUGACGUUCGAGAUUGACGCGAACGGAAUCCUGAACGUGUCGGCCCGUGACAAGAAGACCGGCGCGAAGGCCGAGACGACCAUCUCGAACAACCGUGGGCGUCUGAGCCAGGAGGACAUCGACCGUAUGGUGGCCGAGGCCGACAAGUUCAAGAAGGACGACGCCGAGAUGCUGCGUCGCAUUGAGGCCCGUAACGACCUGGAGCAGUUCAUCUACCGUGCCAUCGAGACGGCUCGUGAGAAGGGCGACACGAACGCGGAGAGCGCCAUCCGUGACGCCCGUGACUGGCUCGAGGACCACGAGGAGGCCACGCUGCGUGAGCUGGAGGACAAGAAGCGCAUGCUGGAGCGCAUGGUCCGCUUCUAAGCGCGCCUCUUACAUUAGUUUUUAGUCAGCGUACAGAUGAACAAUCAACAAGCUUGCUAUUCAUUUACUCGUAA